GCUUUUUUAUACUUGCAUGAGAUAUCUCAUAAUGCAACUGGGUGACAGGAAAACCCUGCUUCGGAGGUUAAAUCCGGGUGAUCAAUCAGCCACUCAACAGCGACUUCUCAGCAAUGCGCGUAUUCCCGGGGUCGCGCAGUGGUUUUUCGACCAUGAGAAGACACAGGAUUGGCUGAGCGGGAGUGACGGUCGUGUGCUUUGGCUCGAUGGACCAAGCGCAACUGGCAAGACUUUUAUUACCUCGCGUCUUGUGAGCCAUAUUUUAGAUGACCAGAUCCUAUCAAGUACCGGAGCCGCCGUAUAUCAUUUUGGUCGGCAUGAGCUGCAGUACAACCUCGCUGACUACAACCUUGCGCUGCGAUCUAUCACUAGGCAGUUGGUAUCACAACUUCCGGAGGAAUCUACCCUGCCAGCCCGGAUUCUGGAGACUAUUGAUGAUGGCUUUGGAGAUGCCGAAACUACCGUGGCUAUACUGCAGAUGCUAGCAUCUGAGUUAGAUAGGAUUAUCAUCAUCUUCGAUGGGGUCGACUCCUCGAAUGAGGCUGGUUUACGUGAACUGAUGGAAAUUCUGCUGAGGAAAAAGACUCGAUUGCGAAUAAUGAUGACCAGUCAAAGUCCACCGUCCGAUACAUUCAUUGACACCUUUGGUAUGAGCACGAUCACAGCUCGCGCAACAGACCAGGAUUUGAGUCUAUACCACGCGAAAGCUAUUGACGAGGCACCUGUCAGUACGGAGGUCCUGGAUGAUUCUCAUACCAGGCUGUUUCCAUACCAGAAACUUAUGGAUAUGGCUGAUGGCCGGUUUCUUCCUAUCAUACGAAGUUGGUUCACUAACAUCGCAUCGCAACCGAACACGGUUCUUCUCAGCCUGGUGGAGUCCUGGUCACCAAACUCUAGCAUGGAUGUCCCACGGACCUUUUGCGAAGCUCUAGCCAACGAGAUCCAAACCUCAAAACAUUCAGACAUGACCCUCUGCUCGCUUUACUACCUAGUCUACGGCGAAGAAAACGGAUACACCUUUACUCCAUCAAUGCUAUGGGAGGCUCUCAUCGCCUGGGGUAUCAGAGACGAAGACAACACAGUGUUUACUCUGACACAAAUAUCCAACGCCUGUGCUGACUUCGCUUUCAUCGACACUGAAACGAAGAUCAUGAAGUUGCGAUCUCCAUUACUAAUGGACUAUUUGCGAACUGAGGUGUUUGGCGAUAAGUACCACGCCCGACACAUCAGGGCAACGUUUCGGUAUUUGACAAGAGGCGACUACGAAGGCGCAUGCAAGUCGUCUGGCGAGCUAAAAGAGAGACUCAGAGCUCAUCCGUUUCUUUGCUAUGCCGCUAGAACCCUUUCACCAAGCCUCGCAGCCUUUCCGGCAUUGUCCUACGACAAAGAUUUUCUAAAAAUGACAGCUUCACAUAGAUCGGUAGACUCUUAUCUUCAAGCUGCUGAAGCAUGGCCUUAUAUCGAUGAAGAGAGCUAUGAUGAGUUCGAGGCCGAGGAGGAGAGAUGGCGUUGUUAUACGAAAGCGUAUACUCCCCUUCACCUCGUUGCUUAUUUUGGAGCCAGAGAAACAUUGAUCCAGUCGCUUGUUGAUCGCGGUGACAACAUUGAGGCUCGAGCGGCAAAUGGACAAACAGCGUUGCACAUCGCAGCUGAGAUUGGGGAUUCGUCACACACCGUCAAGCGGCUAUUGGAAUGCGGGGCCAAUGUCGCUGCAGUGGAUGAAGAUGGACUUACACCUUUGGCUCAUGCGAUAGUAUAUGGAUGCUUGGAAUCAGUGAGGCUGCUCAUCAGUCACGGUGCGGAUAUUAAAGCGCUAGAUGAGGAGGAUUUAUCAGAAUGCUCUCGCGAGAAACCCGAUGUUGCGGAGUUUUUAGUAGGGCUUGGGGUUGAGAUGCCAGUAGAAGAGUCAGAGCCAGAAGAAUAAAGAAGAAAGUACC